AAGGCGCGGUCGGCGGCGCGGCCUAGCCCGGAGGGCGGAUCCUCGGCCUCGCGUAGCGGCGGCUGCCCGCGGAGGGCCGCCCUCCUCGGGGGGCCAUGUCCCUGGUGGCCUACGCCAGCAGCGAAGAGGAGAGCGAUGCGGAGGAGCCCGCGGGCGACGAGGAGGAAGCGGCCGCUCCUGCUCCUCCUCCCGCCGCAGCCCAGCAGGCCCCGGCCCGGGGCCUCUUCGCUUCUCUGCCUCCCCCCAAGGCCCCCGCGGGGCAGCCGCCGCCGCCUCCCUUCCCUAUGGGGCCCCCGCCCGGCCUGAGGGGCUUCGGCACCGGGCCCGAGCCGGGCGGCAGCGGAGGGGAGCAGCAGCCGCGGCUCGGGGGGCUCCUCCUGCCCCCCCCCAGGAACGCGGCCACCGCCGAGGCCCCGAACGUGCCCGCUCCGGCCGCGGCCGGGCCCGAUUUGAGCCUCCCCAAGGCCAAGAAGAGGACGGAGCCGGUGCGGAUCCCGGUGCCCGAGCUGCGCGGGGGAGAUUCAGAUUCCGAGGAAGAUGAACCAAGCAAGAAGAAAAAUCCUCUUCAGAGCCGCGGCGAGGGCUCGGGUUUGUCGGCGCUGCUUCCCCAGCCCAAGAACCUGACCGUGAAGGAGAGCAACCGGUUGCUUCUGCCCUACUCCGUCUCGAGGAGAGCGGGAGAGAACCCCUCUGACGGCAAAGCGAAGGCGCCCGCCUCGUCCUCCAAAGCCAAACCUCCCUCCAAGCCAGCAGUGCCCACGACUCCUUCCCCCUCCGCUAUCAAAGCCGCUGCCAAGAGCGCGGCGCUGCAGGUAACCAAACAGAUCACGCAGGAAGAGGAUGACAGCGACGACGAGCUCGAGCCAGAGAACUACUUCUCCUUGUCUGACAGGAGCGAGCCCGGCGCGGUGGGUGCCGACACCUACCUGUACUCUGGCCCCGGGGUGCCCGAGGAACCCCCCCCCGGCACGGAGCCGGAGCCCCACUUCCAGGACGCUGCUGCCAAUGCGCCUCUGGAGUUCAAGACGGGCACAGGCUCCAGUGGGGCUCCGCACACUUGGGUGCCCAAGCCUGGAGAGGAUUACAGCAGCCAAGCCUACAGCCAGUUCCCUGCCUACGGCGAGCCUGGCACCUAUUAUCAGGAUUACUACAGCAGCAGCUACUACCAGGAGGGGGAACCGGCGCCGGCAGCAGCACAGGAGAUGAGCAGCGACUCCUCCUUCAUCGAUGACGAAGCGUUCAAGCGGCUGCAGGGCAAGAGGAACCGAGGGCGGGAGGAGAUCAACUUUGUGGAUAUCAAAGGUGAUGAUCAGCUCAGCGGAGCCCAGCAGUGGCUCACCAAGUCCUUGACGGAGGAGAAGACCAUGAAGUCCUUCAGCAAGAAAAAAGGAGACCAGCCCACGGGGCAGCAGAGGAGGAAGCACCAGAUCACGUACCUGAUCCAUCAGGCCAAGGAGCGAGAGCUGGAGCUGAAGAACACUUGGUCUGAAAACAAGCUCAGCAGGCGCCAGACUCAGGCCAAAUACGGAUUCUGACCCCUCUGCCCUGCUCCUUGGCUGUGUCCCAGGGGACCUCCCGUGUUGGACUGCUCCUGGGCAGCACCCAGGCCCUCCCCUCCGCCACGAGAAGGGUUUCGUGCGCCUGGGCCUGAGCCUCCACCUGCAACCUUUCCCCUCCCUCCUUAACAAGCAAGCCCAUGGAAGGGUCAAUCCAAGCCUGUUCCACACAACGGAUCCCGCCCCAGGCAGGAGCUGGGCCUGGCACGAGGCUCUGGGCACGGGGGCUGCAGG